AUGCAGUUCACUAAGGCUCUCCUCUUCCUCUCGGCCCUCGCGCCUGUCGCGUUCGCCGCUGAAUCUGCCACAGCCGACUGUGUCACCAAGACCAUCACUCUGGUGCCCUCCGGCUACACUGCUCCCCCAUCGUCCACCCCGACUCCCACCCCGACCUCAACCUCGACUGAAACUCCCUCGUCGACCUGGACGCCUGUCAUCACUAGCACUCCCUCCUCCAGUGCUACCCCUUCUAUGAGCCACAUUGCCAGCUCCUCCACACCCCUGAUCAAGGCUAGCAGCACCCCUGCCGGUGAGAGUGCCUCGGCUACUCCUUCCGCCCCUGCUACCAAUGCUGCCUCAAUCCACCUCCCUGGCUUCAUGGCUGCUGGUGCAGCCGCCAUUGCUGGUCUUCUCAUGAUCUAA